UUCUGUCUUCUUCUCACACUAGAGCAUUUAUUGGGCUUCCACUAGAUUUUGAAUUCUCAUUCACUAAACACACGAGAAUCUUGCUUCACCUUCUUCUUCCAUUUCCGGGGUAAGAUCAGAUCUGAAGUUUCACUACAAGCUCAAGCUCUAACUACGCCAACUCUUUCUAUCUUUCACUCUUUCUUAGAAUUUUCAUCAAGACCCUUCGAAGUGUCAUACUUUUGAAUAGUGACAAAACAAAAACUAAAUAAAUACAUAAAAAAAAAAAAAUGCCACAAGAGAGCAAUUCAAAUUCAAUCUUCACAUCUCCUUGCAAGAACGUGAGAGGUCUGAAGUCACUAGCCUCUAACAAUGAGGCUCCAUAUUCGUACAACGAAGAGAUUAUCAAUGACUAUGAAUUGGCUCAAAGAAAAGCAGAAGAAGCAGCUUCAAGGCGAUACCAAGCCGCACAAUGGCUGCGUCAGAUGGACCAAGGAGCCUCGGAAACGCUUUACAAAGAACCGUCCGAAGAAGAGUUCCGCCUUGCUCUUAGAAAUGGCCUCAUCCUCUGCAAUGUCCUCAACAAAGUUAACCCUGGUGCUGUUUCAAAGGUGGUGGAAAAUCCGGUAAUCGCCAUCCAGUCAAUAGAGGGGCCGGCACAGUCAGCAAUCCAGUACUUUGAGAACAUGAGGAACUUCCUUGAGGCUGUCAAAAACAUGAAGCUCUUGACAUUUGAAGCAUCUGAUUUGGAAAAGGGAGGCUCAUCAAGUAAAGUUGUGGACUGCAUUCUGUGCCUCAAAGGGUAUUAUGAAUGGAAGCAAUCUGGUGGAAUAGGGGUGUGGAGAUAUGGAGGGACAGUGAGGAUCACAUCGUUUCCGAAAGAGUGCCCGUCCUCUUUUGUUGGGAGUGAGAGUACUGAUGAGUCCUUGGAUGAAUCUGAUUCAUCACAAUAUGAGCAGCUCUUGGAGUUUCUCCAUCUCUCCAAUGAGGUCUCAGUUGAGGAAUCAAGAAUUGCCAAUGUUCUGACCUUCCUUUUCGAUCGAUUCGGGCUUGGACUUCUGCAGGCUUUUCUUCAAGAGAGUGGUGAUGGAUUGGAUGAUUUGCCUUUGAAUGCAAUGGUUGUAGAUACUUUGCUCAGUAAAGUGGUCAAGGAUUUCUCAGCUCUGCUUGUUUCUCAAGGCACUCAGCUUGGGAUAUUUCUGAAGAAACUAUUGAAGAGUGACAUUGAUACUCUAUCGAAAUCGGAAUUUUUAGAGACCAUUUCACGAUAUCUUAGCCAGAGAACUAGUUUGGUGGCGAGAGAUUUGGCCACAUUCUGUACUUGUGGCGGUAAACGCGAAACUGUUGUCCGACACAUAGUGACUCACUCGCCCGAGCAUGCACGGAUAACUGACAUUCAUCAAAAACAGCUUCAGGAACUAAAAUCAUCUUUCCUAGACACAAGAAGGGAUGUUAAUCUGGUACAUUCAAAAUGGGAAGAAGACCUCAGAAGGCUUGUGCAUCAUGUUAAGAACUUAGAAGUGGCCUCAAGUUCCUACCAGAAAGUUCUAGAAGAAAACCGUUUCCUGUACAAUCAAGUCCAAGACCUUAAAGGAACUAUUAGAGUAUAUUGUAGAGUAAGACCCUUCUUGAGAGGGCAAUCAAAUGGUCAGACCACGGUGGAUUAUAUUGGAGAAAAUGGAAAUAUUAUGAUUGUAAAUCCCAUGAAGCAAGGAAAAGAUUCAAGAAGGAUAUUUACAUUUAACAAAGUCUUUGGAACAAAUGUUACACAAGAGCAAAUAUAUGUGGAUACUCAGCCACUGGUUAGGUCUGUUCUUGAUGGUUACAAUGUUUGCAUAUUUGCGUAUGGACAAACUGGCUCAGGGAAGACAUACACUAUGAGUGGUCCUGAUUUGACAACUGAAGAAACAUGGGGUGUGAACUACCGCGCUUUAGGAGAUCUAUUUCAAAUAUCAAAGGAAAGGGUGCAAAUUGUAAGAUAUGAAGUUGCCGUACAGAUGAUUGAAAUAUAUAAUGAGCAAGUGAGGGACUUAUUAGUCAAUGAUGGCUCCAACAGGAGAUAUCCUUUUAAAGAGCUAAUUAUCAUGGUUGUUUUAUUUCUUUAUCGUUUUUUUUCCCUUUUAAAAUACCUUUGGUAUCUUUAACUACUUUGAACAUUAGAUAUAAGAAAUAACUCUCAGUUGAAUGGCCUCAAUGUACCUGAUGCAUGUCUAGUGCCAGUGACUUGCACUGAAGAUGUUCUUGAAUUGAUGAAAAUUGGCCAAAGGAAUCGCGCGGUAGGAGCGACUGCUUUGAACGAGCGGAGCAGUCGUUCUCAUAGUGUCUUAACAGUUCAUGUCCAAGGAAAAGAGUUGGUUUCGGGGACUAUUCUAAGAGGUUGCCUCCAUCUAGUGGACUUGGCUGGGAGUGAGAGAGUGGACAAAUCCGAGGCAGUCGGUGAGAGAUUAAAGGAAGCGCAAUACAUAAACCGAUCGCUCUCAGCGCUCGGAGAUGUCAUAUCUGCACUUGCACAGAAGAGUACACAUAUUCCUUACAGAAAUAGCAAACUCACUCAAGUGUUACAAGACUCACUCGGUGGGCAUGCCAAGACCUUGAUGUUUGUACACAUAAAUCCUGAAGUUAAUGCUUUUGGAGAGACAAUUAGCACACUCAAGUUUGCAGAGAGGGCUUCCUGCAUAGAGCUAGGGGCAGCAAAAUCUAACAAAGAAGCCGGCGAAAUUCGAGAGCUAAAAGAUGAGAUAUCAAAUCUCAAACUGGCACUAGAGAAAAAAGAAGCUGAACUAGAACAACACAAAGGCGGAACUAUGAAAAGUGCCAUGGAUUCUCAAAAAAUGAGGGCCGUUUCACCUUAUCGUUUUCCGAGAAAUGGUCUCAACACCUGUAUGAGGGCUGAAACCUCUCAAGAAGAUCCUAAGAUCUCCGAGGCUAGAAGUUGCUCUUCUGGGAAGCAAAGAAGGUCAAGGUUCCCCAUGGGAUUGGCAGAGAAAGAAACUGUACCGAAAUUGCCUUUCUUGACCGAAGAAAGAUUAGCCAUCUCUAGAAACCUUAGAUCACCUUCUCCUCCAAUUAGAAGAUCAACAUCCACAGAAAGAGGGAGUGUCAUGAGAAGCAAAGCCAAACCCGAGACAAUCGAAAACCAACCGAUUUCAAGAGUGCCAUUUCCAGCUAGAGUUCCCACCACCAAAUUACUUGCCACAACACAAGUGAACUCAUCAAAUGAUACCAACUCAAGAAUUCAAGUUAAUAAUAUUACUACAAGGCCAAACAAUACUCCACAUGAAUCAACAAGGCAGGACUACAUUUCUGAGGCGCUAAAUUCCAUCCAAAAAUUGAGUUUCAAGAAAGCUCAACAAGAACAACAUGAAGAUGAUCAAUUCAAACAAGCACUAAAUAUAAGACAAGGUGGUAUAAGGAAAGCCAAGCCUGAGAGUACUACUACUAUUAAGGCUAAGGCAAAGCAGCAAUAUCAGGUGCCAUCAAGAUUGCAUAAGAAUGAGGCCGUGAUGACGACAUUGCUCGCGGACUUGGAUUUCGGUGAACAGAUGGAGGAGGCUAGCAAGAGUGACUAUUCUGAGCCAGAAAAUGAGCAUGUUCAUCUUGGUUCACCAAUGCAUAGUGCUUUGGAGAUGAAAAAGGCAAGGAAGAACUUCUUCUCAAGGAACUCACAAAACCAUGAACCGAGAGGACUAGUGCCUGCAAUGGAGCCCCUAAUGGCUGGAAAACUAGAAAACAAGCAGCCAAAUGGAGCAUUUCGGAAUCCGAAGGAAGCAAACAACGUAACCAUGCAGGAAUUUCGGAGAAGCCGAUCUACCCCUCGUGGAAAAUUUUUCAUGUUACCUUGAGGAACUUAUCUAUA